AGGGAAGAGAGAAAGUGGUCGAGUCAUGCAAUCAGAGCCAGAGUCUGGUGGCAGCAGGUUGUUUCAGCCCAGAUAUGACCCAGCACCGUCAAUCUCCCAUCACCCUGCUGCCGUUUCCCCAUCAUAUCACACUAAACAUCUCAUAGCUCGUUAUGGCAGCCUCCGGCAACCUGUAGGAGCUUAAUGCGGCACCAUAUACUUAGCUUACCUCCCUCUGGACCAAAAGGAUCUUGGAUUGUAGCACGUGCGGUAGAAAGGAGUCGCUUUUAGUAGUGGUGGUGCAAGUGGACACAUUUGCCUUCGCCUUGCUGGGUGUUGAUGCACUGGAUCUAGUACGGAUUUUGGACUUCAAUGUGGCAUUUGAACAGAGAAAGGGGGAAAGAGAAGAAACCUGGGACGAAGAAGGAGGGUGGGGAGACAGGAACAAGAGGGCAGGGUGAUGGGAAACAUCAACAAGGCUUCUAAAAAGAACAGUAAAAGGUUAAAGGGGCCCACAGAACGAAGCGGCACCCCACUGGCCGCCGCCAUGCUGGGGGGCCUGGGUGGUCCAGAGGAGGUGGACACAGAGGACGAGGAGGAAGGAGGCAGCGAGCGCGAGUUCGAGGAGCCCCUGUGCGCUCUGGUUAAGAACUGCAACAUGCUGCACAACAUAGUGGGCCCCGCUUGUAUCUUCCUCAGACAGGGCUUCGCACAGAGCCAGCUUGACAGAGAUCUACGACCAGAAGAAAUGGAAGAGCUGCGUGAGGCAUUCAGGGAGUUUGACAAAGACAAGGACGGCUUCAUCAGCUGUAAGGACCUGGGCGAGUGCAUGAGGACUAUGGGAUACAUGCCCACCGAGAUGGAACUCAUAGAGCUCAGCCAGCAGAUCUGUGGUGGCAGAGUGGAUUUUGAGGACUUUGUAGAAUUGAUGGGCCCCAAGAUGCUGGCUGAGACUGCAGACAUGAUUGGAGUCAAGGAGUUAAGGGACGCCUUCAGAGAGUUUGACUCCGAUGGCGAUGGUCAGAUCAGCCUUGCGGAGCUUAGGGAAGCCAUGAAGAAGCUUAUGGGCGAGCAGCUCAACCACCGCGAGAUUGACGAGAUCCUGCGAGAUGUGGACCUUAAUGGAGACGGACAGGUGGACUUUGAAGAGUUUGUGCGAAUGAUGUCUCGCUGAGUCUUCAGCAAACCUCACUCUGCUGCAAUAAACACAACAUGAACUGGACUGUGCACUGUUAAUUUUAAAAAAAAAAUUCUGAUGUACAAAGACUUCUUAGUGUCUGUAAUUUUUCACUUACCUCCACCACCUCUCAAGCAUAAAAAGUGUCCCCUCAAUGUGUUACUGUCACAUGAAUGUUUUAUUUAAUGUGUGUAUUGAGAGAUUAUAGAGAAGGAGAGUUCAACCAAAGCUGUGGUGUCCUCAGAUGUGAAUUUGACUUUGAAUAUGAAGACAGGUGACAAAUUGAACACCUUUGCAAGAUUCUAGACUGAGGUGUUAUUCAGGGUUAGUCCACCACCAUCAUCAGAACACCAAAUAAGGGAACAUAUUUAGAAAAAUGUUAAUCCAUCCCUCCAGUAGAAUUGCACAAACUUAAAGAAAUCAAUGCAAAGGUGCAUUGAAGCAAGUAGCAAUCAAACAUCUUACUGAGGCAUUAUACAUUGGUUUUUCCUCUAAUCUGUCACCCACUUGUAUGUCUGUAUAUGUACAUUUGCAAAAGAAUUACUUUUAAAAAUCUAGUUAUGUAAAAUCCAACCUGCACUGACUAGAUACUAUAAACUUCAAAUAGAAUUUUGUUUGUUUUCAUAAUUUGGGCAAGCCAACCAAUUAAAUAUGCAGUUUGUCACCUGACCUGUAUCUGAAAGUACUGAAGAUGUAAGAUUAAUAAUUUCAAUAAUAAUGCCACAUCUAAAACCCUCAAUUUAAACUUGAAUUUUAUUACCAUCCAACCUCUAGGGGUUGGCUGGAUGCAACAAAAUAACUAGAUGUUAUUGGUUCAGGUAGAAGGGAUUUAUAGCUUAGUGGCAAAAGGAACAUAAAAGUGAUAAAGAACACAAGACUGGUGAGUGUUGCUAAAUCAAAGAACAGAAUAAAACCAAAUGAAGGCUAACAGAGUUUCUAAACUAUCUAAACACAAACAAAGUAACUAAACUCCCUAGCCUAACAUAAGUACAUCAGCAACACCCACCACAAGUAACAAAAACAAAUAAUCAUGCACAAAACGAACAAAAAAAACAAAAACAAACUGGUGCCUCACACUCACUGAUUGCACAGUUCACAAAGACUCUAAACACCGAGUAGCUUCUUCACUAAGUUGGUGGACUGCUACCUGGAGCCUCAGUCUCUACUUGAGACUGUAGGCUCCACACCAAAGUAGCAGCUGCCAACAGAAACACGAACCCGCCACAACUAUCUACCGACCGAAACACGGAAAUACAAAUAAAUCACUCACAGAGGCACCAGUGCAGACUGGUCACAGAUACCAGCCACCCAGACUUAGAAAAUGGUUGCAGACAAUUAGUCUGCAGGUGUGGUGAGGGCUGUGUCCGGUUAGUUGGAGGUGGAGGGGAGCUGGAGGGUGGCUCAAUCAGGAAGGUCAGGAGGCGGGGAGAACAAGGUUGCAGUGCAGGUUGUCAACUCCUGAGUCGUUAGUUGGAAUGACCAGCAGCUGGGGUUCCUGGAGAGACUCAGAAACAGCCACAGCUGAACCCACACAUGCAAUCUCCCCCACACAAAGUCCUAACAGAAUGCCACCCAGAAACCUGACGGCACACCAAUACUGGUGGCCGUAGCAAAUGUAUACAUUGACUGUGACUGUGUGUAUUACUCUAAUACAUAUAGAAAGGUGAAUGCUUUGUUAAUAGAACAAGUAUAUAAGAUUAUAUAAAUAUAUAUUUACAUCUUUAUUGCACAAACAUGUAUUCAUGACCUAUGCAUUACUGUGAGUUGUGUUUUCAGCUCUGCACUUUGAUGUCAUUAAACCGAUGCAAGCAAAUCAAGUUCUUGCUGAUACUGUAAUUUUUAAGCAUCUUUUUGAUACCUAUUUGACAGAAGAUCAUUUUGGUGUCUGCUGCACAUCUGUACACAUCACAUUUUUGUCCAUACACCUUUUUUCCCUAUUGGUAAAAUUUAACUGAUAACCUGUCUAAGUUUACUUUAUGCAAGCAUAUGCAGCUUUCCUGUUUCAUGUUUUAUUUGAACAGUGUUUGACAGGUCAGAAAACACAUUGUAAAUAAUAACAACAGAUGAAUAA